UGCGGCCCCGCCCCGGCUGCGUGACCACGCCGGGACGGAGUGGGUGUGGCCAGAUGUCCAGGACGCUGCCUAGUCGCCUAGCAACCGCCCAGCUCCGAGCAAUGGAAUCCGUUAGCAGCCCGGAGCGUCAAGCCAGGGAGUAUUUGGAAAAACACCGGAUCAUGGAUAUGCUGAACUACCUCACCAGCAUGCUUCUCUUUAGCAAGCCGGAAAAACCAAGGGAAUUUUUAAUGUCUCUGUUGGAACGUAUGAGAAUUGCCAAAGUGACAAGCAUAGCUUUUCCUUACUUCAUGGAUAACACAAACAUCAUGGCCAUGUUUGAGAUGCUGGACUCUGCAGGCAAGGGCAACAUAUCCUUUGUGCAGUAUAAAGAAGCCCUAAAAACCUUGGGUCUGAGCAAUGAAGAUGAAGUUUUCCAGGAUGAUGGCCAUGUGAUAACCUUGGAAAAUUUCAAGAGUGAAGUGAACAAGAGGACAGAGGCAAUAUGGCUGGCAUUUUAAUAACACCGUGAAUCCAAGAUAAUAAAUGAUUCCAUAAGGUUACCAUGUGUUCAGUUUUAUUCAUUCUAUUUAUUUACUUAUUUAGCCAGUCCUGGUGCUUGACCUCAGGGCCCAGGCACUGUCCCUGAGCUUCUUUUGCU